AUGGAGGACCAAGGGAAUUCCAACAGCAAUGGUAGCAGCACAGGGAGCGAGAAGGGAAGUGGAACAAGGAUAACACGGUCCCAGAGAGGUGGAGGAAGUAGUGGAGGUGGAGGUGGAAACUCUAGCUCGGCUGAAGAGUCAACAACAGUUGUGUGUCCCACAGUGAAAGCGGAGGUGAAGGUGGAAGAGUCAACAAUCUCUUCCACUUCUCCUGAUGCUGUUCAUCCACGCAAGAGAAAAAUACGCAUGAAGGAGACAGAACCUGAAGCCCCACCAGUGUCACUUGUUGACCAACCUAUAAGCAACUGCUACGAGACCUUCUUGAAAAUAAGAAAGCAGAUUGAGCGAAGGAGAGAGAACCUGCGCCCAGUCCAGCCAAAGCCUCCCCAGGGGUUCAAGGACUACCUAAUGAACAGAUGCUCCUAUGUGCUAGCAGGGAAUGCUUCUUCAAGGCUAUCUGUACCUGUGAUCUCCCCUCCAGCAUCCCUGUGCCAGUUACUGAAGGACCUCUUUAAUGAACAGGAGAAGGAGCGGUAUAGGCUAAGAUUACAGCAUCUCAUAGAGAAAGAAAAACUAGUGUUAAGUGUUGAGCAAGAGAUUUUGCGUGUCCAUGGAAGAGCAGCAAGAGCCUUAGCCAAUCAAGCUCUUCCGUUCUCCGUUUGUACAUUUUUGAAGGAUGAGGAGGUUUACAACAUAAUUUCCCCUGAGCAAGAAAAGGAUGGUAAUGCUCGCUCUAGGUAUAAUGGCCGACUCUUUCUUUCAUGGCUACAAGAUGUUGAUGAUAAGUGGGAUAAAAUUAAGGAAAACAUGGUGCUGCGCCACCACAAUGAGGCAGAAUCACUUCAUGCAGUGCAGAAGAUGGAUUGGGAGUGGAAACUGAAGGAAUUAGGCGACCUGGAUGCCAACACCAAACCGCAGAUAGACGACCUGCAUGUACCCAUGGUCCAUGUCUCAGAUGACUUUGACCUCCUUCCAGCCUGAGAGGUAGAGGCUGAUGAAUUGGAUGCAGUUUUUUAUGAUCAUUUUUGUCUUUACAUAAGGGGUGAUUUUGAAGUCCCAAGGUGUGAGAGCUAUAAUUAGACUUCGUACUACGCUUCGUCGUGUAAUGCCUUGCCUGGUCACACCACCUCAACUCCUGCGACUACUUUCGCAGCCCAGAGUAGUGGCGGCUUGGCUUUUUUUUUUUUUUUUUUUUUUUUUUUUUUUUUUUUAGAUAUUUUGCACAUGAGGCAAAACAUGGAAGUGAUGAGACAUUCUGUGGCUGUGAUAUUUUCUUAGUUAAACUUUUUGAACUUUCUGCUGGCUUGCAGAUAGGUCACUUAAAGAGAGAGGUAGAAGCCCUAAGCAUAUUUACCUUUUUUUUUUUUUUUUUUUUUAAUAGAUAUAUGUAUAAUAGUGUUCAAAUUGUCUGUCACACUUCUUUGUCCUCUUCGAUAGAUCUUCCGAUCACUCCCAUGCAGAGGGAGUUUGUAUCAAUACUUUGGACAGAGAAAUGGGUCUGUAUUUCUGUGAUAGAAUCUUUCUUUCCUCUCUCUACUGUUUCUAUCUUGUUUUCCUUGGCCUGUUAUUUGCCAGGAAAAACUGUCCCAAACUAUGAAUAUUUCUUAUGUAAUCUACAUAAGCUUCCACAGUGUUUAACGGUAAAUGUACCUUGCUGUUUGUACCUUUCGCAAGAAAAAAAAUAAAAAUAAAAAUGUUAUGCAUGGAAUAUAAAUGUCAGAUAUCAUAUAUUUGUCAUGGAAGUGCACCAUUUUCUGUUUGAAAUGUAGAUGUAUUACAUUUCCCAUGUUCCCUAUUUUUGAGGGAGCUGUUAUUUCAUCUGUGUCAGAUUGCUGUUUGGUAAUGAUAGAAGGACAUUACUAACCUCAGACAGUUCUUUUUGGUUCAGGUGACAAGAUAAUCGUGUUGCCUGUUUUUUUCUUCCUUUCAAUAGUUUUGAUUAUGUCAUACAUAACUUUAAAUGGAUUUUUGUGAUCUGUCGGCAUUCGGUGUGAUGUUAGGAUUGAUAUGUAACAUGUCAUGUAUGAAGCCUGUCUGUUACCUAAAAGACUAACUUGCUCAAUUUAUUCUUUAAAUGAGAUUAACUCUUAUUCCAUUAAAAAGGGACUUAUUAUUUAAAACUUAACUUUUGUGAAAUAGGGAGAUUGUAUAAUGUCAUAUAUGGUGAAGAGUAAGAAAUUAUAUUGUGAUACAUGUAAUAAUUGUUUGGUGUGUUGAUAAUUGAAGUAUGAGAAACAAAUUCAGUCACCCAAUAAUUAUACAAAUUUUAA